UAAAGUGCAUGACACACCCUCAGCAAAAAGCUGCAAAAAAAUCUCUCCUUUCUUUUCCUUGCCGUCCCCCUCUUUUCCACAGUUGAUUUUUUACUCUGCCUUUUCUACACGGCACAAAAUCUUGACUUCCCUCAAGAAGCCUACACAUUAUACACUGAAGAGAGAGAGAGAGAGAGAGAGAGAGAGAGAAAGAGGAGGGAGGGAGUUUUUAGUCAAUCAAAAGGAAGAAAAAAUCACCAUCUUCUUCUUCUUCUUCUUCAUCGUGGGGUUACACAAUGAGCAGUGCAGCAACAGUCACAGGCAAAGCAGGAGCAACAGGAUCAGAGACCAGGUUCAUCAAGUGUGUCACCGUUGGUGAUGGUGCUGUAGGCAAGACUUGCCUCCUCAUCUCCUACACCAGCAACACUUUCCCCACUGAUUACGUUCCAACUGUUUUUGAUAACUUCAGUGCCAAUGUCUUGGUUGAUGGGCAGACUGUGAAUCUGGGUCUCUGGGACACUGCUGGCCAAGAAGACUAUAACAGGCUGAGGCCUUUGAGUUACAGAGGAGCAGACGUCUUCAUCCUUGCUUUUUCCCUCAUCAGUAGGCCAAGUUUCGAGAACAUUGCCAAGAAAUGGGUUCCAGAGUUGAGACAUUAUGCUCCGUCAACUCCAAUUGUUCUUGUGGGGACCAAACUAGAUCUAAGAGAAGACAAACAAUUCAAACUAGACUACCCCGGAGCAUGCACUAUUUCGAUGGAACAGGGUGAAGAACUGAGGAAGCAAAUCGGGGCCUUGGCAUAUGUCGAGUGCAGCUCGAAGACACAACAGAAUGUGAAGGCCGUGUUCGAUGCGGCGAUCAAGGUGGUUCUACGGCCUCCUAAGCGCAAGAAGCAACAGAGACGGUUGAGCGUUUGUCAAAUACUUUAGACUUUACCCUCGAAAAGCUAUGCCGGUGCUUGACUCCGGUCGAAAUUGAUGGCUCUAGUUUUCACGUCUCUGUGCAUAUUUGAUAUCCUCGGACUUCCUUUAACCUUUGCAAGAGUGCAUUCUUUUGUGAGUGAACUGAAGCUACGAAGCUGCCUUUUUCUUCUUUCUUCUCUGAUGCAUAAUCUAUGACUUUGUGUACUUUAAUUUCUGUUUGCCUAUUGUGGAUGUCAAGCCUGGUUGAGAUUGUAAAUGUAUAUACGCCUCGUGUUUGGUUAUUGUUCCUCUUUGGAUGGGCAUAAAAA